CGACACUUUUAAAUUUUUCACGAAGAAUUAAUUCGAAAAAAAAACAAAUACUUGUAGAGUUUUGUUUGCGAUAAGACAUGUAAUUUUCUGGACUCAACGAGUUUUACGAAGUUUUCCGCGUCUUUAAUUUAGUUGCGCUUUUCACUUCUAAUCCGCUUUGCUACUUUUUUUUACGCUACCAUACAACACCCUUGCGAAAAACCGACAGCGACAGCAGUAGAUUUCGUUUCAAGUUCAUCCGUUACUCGUUCAUUCAUUUCAGAAAUUUGGUUGCGUCGGACGUGUGUUUACUCUCGUUGGUGUACGAAUUAGAAAGUUUAACUUCUGUGCAUUUUCGUGGAAAACUGCAUUCGUUUAAUUAGAUACGCACGGAAAUAAACCGCCACGAUGGGAAUAAAAUUCCUCGAAGUUAUCAAGCCAUUCUGCAGCAUACUCCCGGAAAUUGCAAAGCCGGAACGAAAGAUUCAAUUCAGGGAGAAGGUGCUAUGGACUGCUAUAACACUAUUCAUCUUCUUGGUUUGCUGCCAAAUCCCGCUUUUCGGCAUCAUGAGCUCAGACUCAGCUGAUCCGUUCUACUGGAUUCGUGUGAUUUUAGCUUCGAACCGUGGUACACUUAUGGAACUUGGUAUUUCUCCAAUUGUGACGUCCGGUCUGAUUAUGCAGCUGCUGGCGGGUGCCAAAAUCAUUGAGGUCGGCGAUACACCUAAAGAUCGUGCGCUAUUUAACGGUGCACAAAAAUUAUUCGGCAUGGUUAUAACAAUUGGUCAAGCCAUCGUGUACGUCAUGACAGGCAUGUAUGGUGAUCCUUCGGAAAUUGGCGCCGGUGUGUGUUUGCUAAUUAUCAUUCAACUGUUUGCUGCUGGUUUGAUAGUGCUGCUGCUUGAUGAGUUGCUGCAGAAAGGUUAUGGCUUAGGCUCUGGUAUUUCGCUUUUCAUUGCCACCAACAUUUGUGAGACUAUUGUGUGGAAAGCAUUCUCACCCACAACUGUCACUACCGGCAGAGGUACAGAAUUUGAAGGCGCCGUAAUUGCACUAUUCCACUUGAUGGCCACACGCAACGACAAAGUACGUGCGCUACGUGAAGCAUUCUACCGCCAAAAUUUGCCAAAUUUGAUGAACUUGUUGGCCACAGUGCUGGUAUUUGCCGUGGUCAUAUACUUCCAAGGUUUCCGUGUGGAUUUGCCCAUCAAAUCAGCUCGUUACCGUGGCCAAUACAGCAGUUAUCCCAUCAAGCUCUUCUACACUUCAAACAUUCCCAUCAUUUUACAAUCGGCUUUGGUUUCUAACUUGUAUGUCAUCUCACAAAUGUUGGCUGUCAAGUUCCAGGGCAAUGUCUUUAUCAAUUUGCUUGGUGUCUGGGCUGAUGUUGGUGGUGGCGGCCCUGCACGCUCCUACCCAAUUGGAGGUCUGUGCUAUUACCUGUCGCCACCAGAGAGUGUAGGGCACAUUCUAACCGAUCCGAUACAUGCAAUACUGUACAUUGUCUUCAUGUUGGGUUCAUGUGCCUUCUUCUCAAAAACGUGGAUCGAUGUGUCUGGCAGCUCAGCCAAAGAUGUUGCUAAACAACUGAAGGAACAGCACAUGGUUAUGCGUGGCCAUCGUGAAAACUCUAUGAUCCACGAAUUGAACCGAUACAUCCCAACGGCGGCUGCGUUUGGUGGUCUCUGCAUUGGCGCGUUAUCUGUUAUGGCUGACUUUUUGGGUGCCAUUGGUUCAGGUACCGGUAUUCUGCUGGCUGUAACCAUCAUCUAUCAGUACUUCGAAAUCUUCGUUAAGGAGCAAUCGGAGAUGGGUGGCAUGGGCACUUUACUGUUUUAAGUUGGGGGUGCGCUGUACAUUAUUCUAAUUAAUGUUGUUUAUAAGAUGUGACUCACUCGAAGCACACAAGCUUUGAGCCCAACGACUACCGCUACACAUGUACUGUUACUUGGUCCAUACAUUUGAUGUAAUUGUAUGUAUGGAUAGUUGAAACACAAAAAUUCAACAUAUUUUCAUGUCCCCGACUCGUUCCACAAAUCGCGCACUACAAUCAUUUUCCACAUACAAAAGAGUUUGCUCUUACAUCAUUAUGCUUUUUUUAUAUAAAAAAUUUCGUCCAAUUUUAUGGUCGUCGGUAGAUGUUUCUUAUAAUUUUAUAAGAUUGAUUAUUGUUUUAUAUUUGCGAAAUUGUAACGAAUUGAGUUCACUGCUGUGGGAUGGCGGAGACAUGAAGUAAUAAAACCAUCAAGCUAUGAAAAUUGGUUUCCGCCCCCCUCCCCCUCACAAUGUGCAAAAACAGUAACAUGCAACUUCAUACAAACGAAAAAUAGACUUUUCUUGUGUUAAAUGUUAAUAUUAUUUCGAUUGUUAUAUUAAUUGUAAACCCGAUAACGCACCAGCUUAAAUGUUUAUCCCCUUCAACUAAUCGUGUGGUAGUGGUUGUCAAGUUCCGUAUGAGCUGUUAGGGCGAACAAUUAAUGUAAUAAUAUAUGCAAUAAUAUUAAGGUUUACAUAAUAGUUAAUUUAUACAGAAGAUAAUGAAGUUAUAAUAAAAGAGCUAGACAUUUAAUAUUAAGUUGUAAUAAAAUGAAGGAAAAUAAGUUUUAAAAUUUAAUAAAAAAUCGUAAAAUCUUAAA